AUGCGCUUGUUACUCGCAACUCUUUUUACGGCUGUUCUCGCCUACGAUCCCACGCUCGGAUUCAACAGAGCCUUGGUGGUGGAGAACAGGACGAUAGAUGACAUCUACAAGGCUGCUUUGGCCGAAGGUGGCGUCGUGAACGUCUGGCAUGGUGGCGAUGAGCCCGGCCAACAAGCUGAGCUGAAGCAGGCGUUCGAAGCAAGGUUCCCGAACAUGACACUAAAUGUCACUGUGGAUCUCUCAAAGUACCACGACGGAAACAUUGAUCGUCAACUUGCCACGGACAGCCUGUACAUCGAUAGCGCCAUACUGCAAACGCUGCAUGACUUUACCAGGUGGGACUUGGAAGGAGCGCUUCUGGGUUAUCAACCGCUCGACUUCUACAAGAUCCACCCUGCCUUUCGUCACAUCCACGCCUCAUGGUACGGCGUGCGCCUUUUCGGAUGGUCGAACGUGUGGAACUCAGACCGCCUUGCCGAUGGUCCGAAGGAAUUCACCGACUAUCUAAAGCCUGAGUUCAAGGACAAGCUGGUUCUCACAUACCCCAACGAUGAUGAUGCGGUUCUCUUUGCAUUCGAUCUGAUAAUGCAACAAUACGGAUACGAGUGGUUCGAAGCUUUGUUGGCGCAAAACCCACACUGGGUUCGUGGCACAGCCACGCCUGUGACUCUGCUCCUUCAAGAGAACACGUCCUUCGUCGCGUCGUUCACGACAUCUGUCGGCCUAGCCCCGUCAUCGCCACUCAAUGUUAGCAUCCCGAGCGAAGGAAACUUUGUGUCUUGGCCACAGACGGCAGGAAUCUUCCGAGACGCCCCCCAUCCUGAAGGCGCAAAACUUCUGCAUAACUUCAUGCUGAGUGACGAGUUCCAAGGCGCACCAGGCUCCUGGAGUGUUCGCAAGGAUAUGCCUGCUCCUGCAGGCUAUGAUGCAAUUAUGGAUGUUCAGUCAACCAACCCCGUCGAGUUCUCGCGUUUCAUGGGCAACCGAGAGCGGGUUGAGAGACUCAGAUUCUUCUUCGAGAGCAAGAUAGGGUCAGCACAGGGACUCAGCCCUCUGAUUGACAACCUCUAA